UCCGGGUCACGCUCGCAGCUUGCGGAAGUGAUUCAUACGCGGAAACAACACGUCGGAAAUGGCCACAGGGGCAGAUCAAGCAGUUGGCAUGGGCCUUGUUGGCUUCAGCCUCCUGUUGUUUACAUACUACACAAUAUGGGUAAUCAUUCUGCCGUUCGUGGACAGCGAUCAUGUGGCCCACCAGUAUUUUCUUCCACGGGAGUAUUCUGUCAUUCUACCUGGGAUCGCAGCAUUGAUACUGCUGCUCUGUGUAGGUACCUUCAUUGGAGUGGUCACCUGGAAGAAUCGCAAGCCUAAGAAGGUGGACUAAGAGGGAUGGUGUCACAGAGCUGCUGUUAGACGGGUCAGGAUAUAGAGCUAGCUUCCAUAGAACCUCCCUGGUUCCAACAUCUUUCCAACAUUCCAUCUCAAGAAAGUAAAAAUAAAGUCUGGACUGCUUCUCUGCGAAAGCUGAUGAAAACAUCUAAUGACUGAAAGACAUAAGACAAGACUUGAAGAGCUGCUGUCCACCACCUUCUGUUCCAUCUCUCCAUUCAGACCGACUAUGUGAAAUCCACAACCUUGCUGUUGGCAAUGCAUGGCUCCAGAUGCUAUAUUUGUCCUCAAGGUGCAUUGCCAUUGCCAGAGAUGAAAAUCAAUGCGUCGGUAUUCACUGUUACUGUAUGUGGUCAGCACUAGAUAAAACCUGGCUUCAUAAUGUGGAGAGGAUAUAGAUUUGCUGAUUUUGUAGAGUGUACUAUAUCAGAUCUGAUCAAAGUUUCCCCGAGGCAUUCCUUUUCACCACAUCUGGAUGUAGUUUUCAGGCACUGUUUUACGUCUCAAUCCCAAUUUAAGAUAAUUUGUAAAACAUGCAUUAGCAUGAAAUUGAUAUUUACAUUGACAUUUCAGAUACGGUCACCUAUCUAAAGUUUAAUAUUUGGCCCUUAAAGGCAGUGUUGCGUUCGAGACCACCUAAAGAGAGACCGAUUCAAGACUAAAACCAGAGGGGUGGCGAGACCGAGUCAAGACGAGGGCAUUGCGUUCAUCCACCUCUGGCCUGCUGGCUCCCCUUCCUCUGCGGAAGCA